CCUGGUUGAUUCUCUCGAUCAUGCUUACCCUCUGUUUCAGAGGCAAGUUUGACCCCCAGGACAUGGACAAGAAUGUGAUUGCCAUACAGACGGUGUCAGGGAUCCUGCAGGGCCCCUUUGACUUGGGCAACCAGCUGCUGGGGCUGAAGGGUGUGAUGGAGAUGAUGGUAGCGCUCUGUGGCUCCGACCGGGAGGCAGACCAGCUGGUGGCCGUGGAAGCCCUCAUCCACGCCUCCACCAAGCUCAGCCGUGCCACCUUCAUCAUCACCAAUGGCGUGUCACUGCUCAAAGAGAUUUACAAGACCACCAAAAAUGAGAAGAUCAAGAUCCGCACACUGGUGGGACUCUGUAAGCUGGGCUCUGCGGGUGGCACAGACUACGGCCUCAGGCAGUUUGCUGAAGGGUCAACAGAGAAGCUGGAACAGUGUCGCAAGUGGCUGUGCAACGCGUCUAUUGACACCCGUACCCGGCGAUGGGCAGUGGAGGGCUUAGCCUACCUCACGCUGGAUGCUGACGUGAAGGACGACUUUGUUCAGGACAUCCCUGCCCUGCAGGCCAUGUUUGAGCUGGCUAAGACCGCUGACAAGACCAUCCUGUACUCAGUGGCCACUACCCUGGUGAACUGCACCAACAGUUAUGAUGUCAAGGAGGUCAUCCCCGAGCUGGUGCAGCUUGCCAAGUUCUCCAAGCAGCACGUGCCCGAGGAGCACCCAAGUGCAGAUGGGUGUCCGCUCCCUUCGCCAUUGCCACCUUUCAUCUCCCAGGACAAGAAGGACUUUAUAGACAUGCGGGUGAAGCGACUCCUGAAGACCGGCGUCAUCUCUGUGCUGGCCUGCAUGGUGAAGGCGGACAGUGCCAUCCUCACCAACCAGACCAAAGAGCUGCUGGCCAGGGUAUUCCUGGCACUGUGUGACAACCCGAGAGACCGAGGCACCAUUGUGGCUCAAGGUGGUGGCAAGGCCCUGAUUCCCCUGGCUUUGGAGGGCACAGACGUGGGCAAGGUGAAGGCAGCCCAUGCCCUCGCGAAGAUCGCCGCUGUCUCCAAUCCUGACAUCGCCUUCCCUGGGGAACGGGUGUAUGAGGUGGUGCGGCCCCUCGUGAAACUCCUGGACACACAGAGGGAUGGGCUGCAAAACUACGAGGCUCUCCUAGGCCUCACCAACUUGUCUGCACGGAGUGACAAACUCCGGCGGAAGAUCUUUAAGGAGAAGGCCUUGCCAGACAUUGAGAACUACAUGUUUGAGAACCAUGACCAGCUACGACAGGCGGCCACUGAGUGCAUGUGCAACAUGGUGGUGAACAAGGAGGUACAGGAGAGGUUUCUGGCUGAUGGGAAUGACCGACUGAAGUUGGUGGUGCUGCUCUGUGGGGAGGAUGAUGACAAGGUGCAGAAUGCAGCGGCCGGGGCCCUGGCUAUCCUGACAGAAGCACACAAGAAACUGUGCAUCAAGAUGACCCAAGUGACAACUCAGUGGCUAGAGAUCCUACAGAGGCUUUGCUUGCAUGACCAGCUGUCAGUCCAACACCGAGGCCUAGUCAUUGCCUACAACCUGCUGGUGGCUGAUGCUGAGCUGGCCAAGAAGCUGGUGGAGAGUGAGCUGCUGGAGAUCCUGACUGUGGUGGGCAAACAGGAGCCGGAUGAGAAGAGAGCAGCAGUGGUUCAGACAGCCCGGGAAUGUCUCAUCAAGUGCAUGGAUUAUGGCUUCAUUAAACCUGUGUCUUAGGGGCCCACAGGAUGCUGGGGCUGAUCCUGUGCUGUGCAGAGUCCUGAGCUGCAGGCUCCGGGGGUGUCAGUUCAGUUAAGGAUCAUAGCAGUGAUCAUGAUGUCUCACGUGAAAGACUUGAUUGCUCCCUGAGCUGCAAAUCCCUUUGCCCUAGGAAAGUUUGCAUGUGUCAUUGACCCUCUUAUUCCCUGUCUCCCUAUAUCUAUCCUAUUCCAGAAAUCACUAGAAUAAUUUUCAUCUGUGAUUUUGAAGUAAGGUUGGAUAAUUUUUUCUGUACUCAUUCCAAAGGCCAGGAUGAUGGGCUGAAGUUCUGUAUUUUGGAAAAUGAAUUGAGUGGUAAGGUAGAACCUAACAGGUGUGUGAAUAUAAAGGUUGUUGAUGUUGUACCUGGAUGUGCUGGUUUUUAUACCCUCUUUCCCACACUGUUUGAACAAGGCUGCCCAGAACUGCAUGUGUCAGCUAUCCCAACCCCAUGCCUAGUAACAUAUCUGUGAUGGAAA